AUGUCUCCCCGUUCCUCCCCUUACGCCGCCUGCUUCCGCCCCUCCGACGAGCACCCCUCCCCUCCCUCCCCCCCGCCUCCCCCCAUGUCCAGUCAAUCCAACCUCACCACCGCCCUCUACCAAACCCCCACCGCCGCCUUCUCCCUCACCUGGUCCCGUACCCUCUUCUCCCGUUCCCUCCAUCUCAGCUCCGACCGCCACCACUCCUACUUCCUCCACCUCAAAUCCUUCGCCUUCUGGAAAAAAUCUGGUUCCAAGCAUCUCCCCGGCUCCCCUUCUCUCCGCCUAUUCUGGGAUUUCUCCCGAGCCCGAUUCGGGUCCGCUCCGGAGCCCCGAUCCGGAUUCUACCUUGCCGUCCUCGUCGACAACCAAAUGACACUCCUCGUCGGUGAUUUGGUCAAGGAAGCUUACGCCAAAACCAAAGCUCUGAAACCCAAAAACCCCCAAUCUCUUGUGCUGAAAAGAGAACAAGUAGUUGCUCAUAAAAUCUACUCCACGAAAGCCAAAAUUGGCGGUAGAAUCCGCGACAUCCAGAUCGAUUGCGGCUACAACGACGACACCCGGCUCUGUUUUGCAUUCGACGAUGUGAAGGUUCUGGAAAUCAAGCACUUGAAAUGGAAGUUCCGCGGGAACGAGAAGGUCGAUGUGGAGGGAAUUCCAGUCCAGAUCUCUUGGGAUAUCUACAAUUGGGUGUUCGGCGACGAGAAGGAUCACGGCCACGCCAUUUUCAUGUUCAGAUUCGACGAAGACGACGAAGAAUUAAGAACAGAGACGCCAUCGUUUCCGAGGAAUGGGAUGGAGCAUUGGUCCAUCAACAAUCACUCCAGAAGAAUGAGAAUGAGUUCCUCUUCCUCCUCGCUUUCCAUGUCGUCGGUGGGUUCCUCCGCCGGUAGCUCCUCCGUUCUCGACUGGGCCACCGUCGAGGAAUCCGAGCUCGGCGGCGGCCCAUCUACCUUCUCCCUUCUCGUUUACGCUUGGAAAAAGUAA